UUCGAAUGUAAAUAAUAAAACAACUCUACUAGUGAAGUGAAUUUUGAAGAACCACUUUGAAGAAGCAUACUGGCUACAGCAAGAGAGGAGUCAUUUGCUAAGAUGAAAUUUCUGUGUCUUCUUGUGCUUUUUGCCCUCGGGGCUUAUGCUGGGCCAAUGGGUMGUGUGAUACGUGUAACACCAUCUAGCAAAGCCCAGCUGAACUUCCUGUCCAAUUUGGCCGAUAAUGACAAUAUGGACCUUGAUUUCUGGRCACAUCCCUCUAGAGUUGGUGGUUCAGUUGAUAUUCGUGUAACAACUAGCAACUAUCCAAAUCUAGCUAAGUUACUCCAGCUAAACGGCAUCGUGUUUACGAUUCUAAUCCCCGACGUAGAUGUUGCCGAAGCCAAUCAGAAUCCACCGAGUUCUGCAAGAGCUGGAAGCUUUGACUAUAAUCGAUAUAACCCUCUUGAUCAGCUCAGUUCUGGAGCAGACAAGAAGACUCUCUUCAUGAACUGUGGUAUUCAUGCUCGUGAGUGGAUCACCCCGGCAACCUGUAUGUAUAUGUUGAAUCAGAUUAUCACUAAGUAUGGGUCUGAUAGCAGUAUAACAGCAAUGCUUAAUAAACUGGACGUCGUUAUCAUGCCUGUACUGAAUGUAGAUGGUUACGUGUACACAUGGACUUCGAAUCGAAUGUGGCGUAAGACUAGAUCGCCCCAAGGAAGUGGUUGCUUUGGAGCAGACCCGAACAGAAACUUUAACGUUAAGUGGGGAGGAACUGGCACAAGUAGCAACCCUUGCAGCGAUAUUUUCCACGGACCCAGACCUUUUUCAGAGGUUGAAUCUCGUAACGUUGCUCGUUAUCUGCAUAGAAUCAGGUCGAAGCUCGUAGGGUAUAUGGAUAUCCAUGCUUACAGUCAGUUAUGGAUGACACCAUGGGGACAUGCUAAAGGCGCCUAUCCACCAACCUACCAAGAGAUGAUGCGUGUGGCAAAUAAGGCAGUGAGGGCUUUGUACGCGGUUCACCGAACAUCUUACAGAGCGGGAACUUCAGCCGAUAUCAUAUACGCCACAACUGGAGGUACAAUGGACUGGGUGACAUCAAGACUUGGCGUGACGUACUCCUAUGGACUGGAACUGAGGGAUAAAGGUAGAUAUGGAUUUUUGCUCCCAGCCAAUCAAAUUCGUCCAACAGGAGAGGAAACCUUUGCAGCCAUCAAAGUUAUGGUUCAAGAGAUGAGAAUCUAA